GAAAAAGUAAAAAAGAAACAGCUUGGUAGCAUAGUAGGGCUAGCUUUCUGUUUAUUGCAUCAGAAAGUAAUGUGUCAGUGUGUGAAAGCCUGAUAGUGAUAUAUCUAUUUCUGAUUAUCAGAAAUAAAGUUACCUGUGUAGUUAGAGAUCUUCUGAAACUAAUAUUCCACUCUUACAACGUUCACUUUGCGGCACUAAUAUUGUUCGACUUCUAGCGCGGGGAGCAGUUUCUUGUGAAACUGCCAUUAAUUUAAUUGUAUAUUGGUGCUUGUCUGUCAAAGGAUGGACGAAGAAGAGUUGGUGGAGUACUUUCGGACGCAGAUGAGACAGGACCCAGAUGUCGCCUCUGCCGUGGCAGCGAUCCGGACGCUUUUGGAGUUCCUGAAGAGAGACAAAGCUGAGACGCUCCUGGGUCUCAGGGAGAAUCUGACUCAGGCCAUCGACCGCCUGGCUGGUGUGGACUCCUCAGUGGCUGUCUCCUCAGGCGGGGAGCUCUUUUUACGUUUCAUCAGCCUCACAUCACUGGAAUACUCAGAACUAUCACAGUGCAAGAAAGUGAUGGUGGAGCGGGGGGAGCUGUUUCUGAAGAAGAUCUCCCUUUCCAGGAGCAAGGUUGCAAAACUCUGCCAUACUUUCAUCAAAGAUGGAGCGAAAAUCCUGACCCACUCCUCGUCCAGGGUGGUCCUGAGGGUCCUGCAGAACGCAGCCGCUGACAAGAAACGCUUCACCGUCUAUGUCACCGAAUCACAGCCAGAUUCUGCCGGGCAAAAGAUGGCAGACACACUAAGGAAGCUUAAUGUCCCCGUCACCGUGGUGUUGGACGCCGCAGUCGGAUACAUCAUGGAGAAGGUGGACCUGAUUAUCGUGGGGGCCGAAGGGGUCGUGGAAAGUGGUGGAAUCAUCAACAAGAUUGGCACCUACCAAAUGGCAGUGUGUGCCAAGGCCCACAAUAAGCCCUUCUACGUGGUGGCAGAAAGCUUUAAAUUUGUCCGGCUCUACCCUCUGAACCAGCAAGAUGUGCCCGAGCGGUUUAAGUACAAAGCAGACACCCUGAAGACGGCAGAGAAUCUGGCUGAGGAGCACCCCAUGACCGAUUACACGCCCCCCUCCCUGAUAACUCUCCUCUUUACUGACUUGGGUGUCCUCACUCCCUCAGCCGUCAGCGACGAGCUCAUCAAGCUGUAUCUGUAACAUACUUGACAUCAAUGAGUUCAGCCAGCAUGGAGAAAUAAAGAUCUUAUUGUGUUAUGA